GUUGGCCACUAGCGACUACUUGACGAGGUUGGCUGCUCCUCCCUUGGACUUCGCUGUGGUGUCUCCCUGCUGUGUGUGUCCUGAGUGGGACAGAAUUUUGGAACUUCAUCAUUCCCUUAGAGCUAAAGCCGAGUACUGAAAGGGAGAAAAUAUACUAAGUAUCUCCUCUCCCGUGUGUGUUGUUCUUCCCUCAGAUAAUGGUGAGAGCGUGUGAAGUUACCAGGAGGAGCUAACAGCCUAACAUGGAUAUAGAGGAGCGUGAGGGAAAGCACGAGGUGGAGGGGUUCGACGUCAUUGGUGUGGGGAGUGAUGAUGUUAAGCCUUCUAUUAGGGACCAGAUUUUGACUCUCUACAAACAAGGUGAUGCCGCUGCCUUGUUGACCUUCAUCACAGAAUUUUCUGAUAAUGGAGAGGAGAAUGGGACAACACCCUGGGAUCCUCUACUCCUGUGGGUGCGGCCCCAGGCUUGCUGUCUUCAAGUCCUGGCCGCUCACACAAGGGACACUAACCUCUCUGCCCUGGCCUCCGUAGGCUGCGGCACUGGCUUACUGGAGUGGCUCAUCCAAGCAACAACAGGUCUGUCAGUCAUAGGGUAUGAGGUGAAUGGUGAGUGGUGGAGGUCAAGAUAUG